UGCCAAGAAAUCUUGCCGACAAACUCGAAACUUCUGCGAGUUUCCAAGUUCAGGUGUUACAUCGAGGAAAAUUAUUGUACAUUCGCAUUACGUUAUUUUUUAUUGUAUCUUUCAUUCAUUAACUCAGAUGUUGAGCGUACGAGUCAUUUGUUAGAACCCGUAAACUUUUCAAAAUGCAAUGCAGCCUAUAAACGAAAGUCUGCAAGAUCACAACGCAAUACUGCUAAGAAACGGAAAAAUAGUUACCAAAGGAGGUACAUGGCAUCAGCUUGGAGAGCCACAGUUCCUAUUACUCCGCAGAUGAUUCGUGUUGUUGUUAAAGAGUUGCAAACAAGAAGAGCAUACAUUAGUUCUGCCCUGAUUGCCAGCCAUUUGCGACGCUGUUAUCCUAUAGACAAUGAUCCAAAUGCACUGAAGAAAGAGUUAAAUGAAAAGUUGAACUGUGCUGUAAGUGUUGGACUAAUUGCAAGGUGUGGAGAUGAUAAAUAUUCUAUACCUACGCUGCGCCAACAAGCAAGCUUGGAUAAAACUGCUUUCACUGCAUUUUGGAAUACAUUUUACAGAAGUAGCGCACCAUCUACCACGGAUCAAUUCGUCAGUUUAGAUAUACCAAGAGUACAAACUCGCAAAAGAACUACCUUUACCCUCAAAUACGGGGACCACAGGAGGAGUGGCAGCUCUAUGAAUUUUAAUCAAAUCAAUGAUCAAAAACUAAAAUCAUGA